CCUACUAAGCAGGCUAUGGAUCCUUUAUCACCAGUUUGCCGUGAGCUGGCCUCGCCUGGCAUCUUUCAGCCUGUACUAUCUGUCUUGAUCAUUUUCGGCAUCCUCGUUUCCUAUCUACCACAACACAUUCGAAUCAUAACACGACGAAGCUCCUUCGGAAUCUCACCUUAUUUUGUGCUUCUCGGUACCACUUCGGGUACAUCUGCCUUUGCAAAUAUAUUGGUCUUUCCCAAAACUGCUCAGGAUGUUGCUUGCUGCAAGGAGAUCGACGGGUUGGCCUGCUUCGCAGGGCUGUUAGGCGUUGUCCAAGUGGGAGCGCAGUGGCUAAGCUUCUUUUUCAUUCUACUCCUCUUCGUGAUCUAUUUCCCAAGGGCUACCUCCGCCACCGACCCAGCUGCCUCUGUCUCCUCAACCUCCAGUGGCGCGACUUACCGCACUGCUCUUUCGAUCACUGCUAUUUGCCUCUUUCACGCCCUUGCUACAUUGAUCAUCUCGGUGGCAUUUGCUCUCCGCCAGCCCGCCGCCCUCCCAGCGUGGGCAAAUUUCCUCGGAAUUUUAUCUGCUAUUCUUGCGUCCAUUCAGUACUUCCCCCAGAUUUAUACAACCUUCCGGUUGCGCCACGUGGGAAGUCUGAGUAUCCCGAUGAUGUGUAUCCAAACACCGGGAAGUCUAGUCUGGGCUGCUAGUCUGGCAGCGCGCGAAGGAGCCAAGGGCUGGAGUGUUUGGGGGGUCUUGGUUGUGACGGCUUGUUUGCAGGGAACUUUGUUGGUGAUGGCAAUCUACUUUGAAUACUUCGGCCCCGACAGCAAGCCUAAGGGAAGUGCGAGCGAGGGUCCGGAUGAGCAGGAUGCGGGAUCAAAUGGGGCUUUCCCGUCCGAGAGACCUGAGGUGCUGGGACGGGAACCGGUAUCCGUGGAACAGCCUUCCGAAGAGACCCCACUGCUGCAGAGCCAGUGA